UUUUUUGCAGAAUAAAGAGACACUAAUGGUAACUCUUCGAGCCGACGAAAUUAGUAAUAUUAUCCGUGAACGUAUCGAACAAUAUAAUAUAGGAGUAAAGAUUGUGAAUACCGGUACCGUACUUCAAGUAGGGGAUGGUAUUGCUCGUAUUCAUGGUCUUGAUGAAGUGAUGGCAGGCGAAUUAGUAGAAUUUGAAGAGGGUACAGUAGGCAUUGCUCUGAAUUUGGAAUCAAAUAAUGUUGGCGUUGUAUUAAUGGGCGAUGGUUUGAUGAUACAAGAGGGAAGUUCUGUCAAAGCAACAGGAAGAAUUGCCCAGAUACCUGUGAGUGAGGCUUAUUUGGGUCGUGUUAUAAAUGCUCUGGCUAAACCUAUUGAUGGGAGGGGAGAAAUUUCAGCUUCCGAAUCUCGCUUAAUUGAAUCUCCUGCCCCAGGUAUUAUUUCGAGACGCUCCGUAUAUGAGCCUCUUCAAACAGGGCUUAUUGCUAUUGAUGCUAUGAUCCCUAUAGGACGUGGUCAACGAGAAUUAAUUAUUGGAGAUAGACAGACCGGCAAAACAGCAGUAGCCACAGAUACGAUUCUCAAUCAAAAGGGACAAAAUGUAAUAUGUGUUUAUGUAGCUAUUGGUCAAAAAGCAUCUUCUGUGGCUCAGGUAGUGACUACCUUCCAGGAGCGAGGGGCGAUGGAAUACACUAUUGUGGUAGCCGAAACAGCAGAUUCACCCGCUACAUUACAAUAUCUCGCACCUUAUACAGGAGCGGCUCUAGCUGAAUAUUUUAUGCACCGUGAGCAACAUACUUCAAUAAUUUAUGAUGAUCUCUCCAAACAAGCACAAGCUUAUCGUCAAAUGUCUCUUCUAUUAAGAAGACCCCCCGGUCGUGAAGCUUAUCCGGGGGAUGUCUUUUAUUUGCAUUCACGCCUUUUGGAAAGAGCUGCUAAAUCAAGUUCUAGUUUAGGUGAAGGAAGUAUGACCGCUUUACCAAUAGUUGAGACUCAAUCUGGAGACGUUUCAGCUUAUAUUCCCACUAAUGUAAUUUCCAUUACGGAUGGACAAAUAUUUUUAUCCGCCGAUUUAUUCAAUGCUGGAAUACGACCUGCUAUUAAUGUGGGUAUUUCUGUUUCCAGAGUGGGAUCCGCAGCUCAAAUUAAAGCCAUGAAACAUGAGGCCGAAAAAAUUAUCAAAUAUUAUCAUUCUUUAUUUUGA